AUGGGAGACACACUCCUCUUCCCGGACGAUAACCAGAGGCGCAUCGAGGCCGUGCAGAAGUCGUUUGGACCGGUCGGGACCCGUCUGCUGGAGCCCCACAGGGUCCUGAUCGGAGAGGGCCGUCUGGUGAAGCAGAGCCGCAGAGGAGCUCAGCCCAAAGCCUUUUUCCUGUUUAACGACAUGUUGGUGUACGGCAGCAUCGUCAUCAACGGACGCCUGUUCAAGAAGCAGAAGGUCAUCCCUCUCGGGGACAUAAAGCUGGAGGACCUGGAGGACGGCUUCAUGAGGCACCAGUGGCUGAUCCAGACGCCAGGGAAGUCAUUUUACGUGUCAGCAGCGUCCCGUGAGGAGAAGCUCGCCUGGAUGGAGCACAUCACCGUGUGCCAGACCGCCCUCCCGAGCAGCGGCCUGCCCCUCGCCAUGACCUGGGUACCUGACCACGCCUCCGCCAUCUGCAUGCGCUGCACCCGGAGCUUCAACGCGGCCCACCGCCGCCACCAUUGCAGGAAGUGCGGGUUCCUGGUCUGCGGCAACUGCUCCCGAAAGCGCGCGGUGGUCCGGAACAUCCACCCGACCAAGAGGGUGAGGGUGUGUCUGCAGUGUCAUGUGGGGCUGAGGGGGAAGGAGGAAAAGGAGGAAAAGGAGGAGAGAAGGAGAAAGAGAGGGGACAGCUCCGGCUUGCGCUCUGAUGAAGAGGAGCAGGCCAGCUUUGAAGACCAUCUCUACGAGGACUAUAUAGAGGAGGAUUACGAGCCGCAGGACUGA